UACUUUUCUUGCACGAUAAAACUGACAAAUCUUAGUUUUACAACAGAGAAGAAAAAUGAAUGUUCAUUCAGUAGCACAAAAGAUUUUACUUUUGCUAAUUUUUGCAAGUUUAUCGUUUUGUAAUCCUCGUGGAGGAGGAGGAGGAGGACAUGGCGGAGGAUUUGGUGGUGGACAUGGUGGAGGUUUUGGUCAUGGAGGCAUAGGGCAUGGAGGUUUUGGACAUGGAGGUUUAGGACAUGGAGGCUUUGGACAUGGUGGUUUUGGACAUGGAUCUUGGGGUCAUGGAUACAUUGGUGGUGGAGGAUUUGUUAUACCCCCGUUUAGAAGAUAUCAUCGCAAUCAUCGAAGAAUUGGAGCUUUUGGAUUUGGGUUAGGUUCUUAAGAAAUUAAACAUCUGUGUUUAAAAUAUUUUUAAUUUGAAAUAUUUUUUUUGUUUUGUAAGUAAAUUUUGUUUUCUUAUUAUUGAUACUACACAAUUAGGCAAUCAAGGGCGAAUCCAGGGGAGUGGCCCAGGGAGCCAGGGCCUUCCCAAACUUACCACCAAAAGCUUCAAUUUUUUAUUUUUAAGUUUUAAUAUAAAAACCUUAUGAGUGAAGUUUUUUAAAUAAAAACAUUAGAAUUCUUUGUAAA